AAUCCGCGUUCUAGUUUGAUCGCUAUGGGGGGAGUUCUUCGUGCAACUCUAAUGGUUGUUGUGAUCUAUGGCACUGGAUUUCUCCACGCAGGUCUUGCAAGCACGGAGAGUGAUCUUGUCAACGCACACAACUCCGCGAGAUCUGCUGUUAGUGUUCGUCCGCUGGUUUGGAGCACGCAAGUUGCCUCGUAUGCGCAAAACUGGGCCUCGACUCUCCAGGCGAGCUGUCAAAUGGUCCACUCUAGCGGGCCGUAUGGCGAGAACUUGUAUAUGUGGAGGGGGAGCGAUGGCUCGGUGGCGCCUCCAGCCACGGACGCAGUCAAAGAAUGGGUGAAGGAAAAGGCUGAUUACAAUUACGCAUCAAACACUUGUGCUCCGGGCAAGGAAUGCAGGCACUACACUCAGGUUGUGUGGAGGAACUCGACGCGAGUGGGAUGCGCUCGAGUGAAAUGCAAUGGUGCGAAUGCGUACAUUGUGAGUUGCAACUACGAUCCACCAGGCAACGUUGGAGGCCAGAAACCUUACUAAAGAUCGAUAUGAAAAUAGUUAUGUAUGAAAUAAAGAUGAAAGAUCAAUAAAUUUGCUCUUCUGCCUU